CACCCCCCUCCGAUGACCGAUAAGGACCCUCGCAACUUGGACAUUCAGGCGAUAAGCGUUGCCAACUCGCUUGGAAGUUUGGGGUCCGAAGAUAAAGAGUUCGGUCGCCUGUCGCUUUUUACGUCAAGCUUGUCACAGGGUUGGACCAUACUUUAAUCUUCCCUUCCGUCGCCGAACCGUCGAAUCACACGACUUCAUAUUUUAGCUUCGAGGCUCAAGUGGCAUCCUGUUCUAUCAAAGUCGUUCUCUUUUGGCUCUACGAUCCGACGCGCCCUGGCUCCGAUGAUAUAAUAUGGCAAGUCCCGGCGAAGGCGCUGGGCAAAGCACGGAGGCUCUUGGCGAUCAACGGCAUUACAUUGAGCUUUCUUCCGACUCGGAGAGCUCGUCUGAAGGAGAAAGCGUUGCUAGUAUCUCUUUGGAUGUAUGUCGUUGGCGUACAGCUCGGUUCCACGACCAAGAGUGCUCUCGAUUCUUUGACUGCCCUUCACACCUGGUGGAGCGACAUCUCUCGGACGACGAGGUUGAACCUGCACAUGCGGUUGCGGGAGUAGUUUCUCCACGACAUGGGGGAUUGUCUCCAGGUGACGAAGUCGAGCAUGACGGGACGGCGCAGGAUACGGCUAUUACAGGAUCGGAGGGAUCUUCCCCUGUUGAUCGUGUUAGCAUGCCCGCUACAUCCCUGACUGAGACACCCAGGAGACGCCAGGAGUCGCCUCGAGAGGCAAGCAUCGAAGCUAUAUCGUGGCAGCUACAGGAGGUGUUCCAGGCUAGUCAUACGUCGAGGGCUGCAAACCUGAGGACCCCGGUGGUUGAUCUCACAGGCGACUCCCCGUCUCCACCCACGACUAUGACAGAUUGGAGACCAACAGCCGGACGGGAAAAUCAGACACAAAUGGACAGGAGUCAACAGACAGAGGGUAGCGAAGGAGGCCCCAGCUUUGUACUGCCACGAUGGCAACCUGACGCCGAAGUGACCGUCUGCCCGAUCUGUCGGACGCAGUUCAGCUUUUUUGUUAGAAAGCAUCAUUGCAGAAAAUGCGGACGUGUAGUGUGUAACCGUUGUUCGCCGCACAGAAUCACAAUACCGAACCAGUUUAUCGUUCGACCUCCCGACCAGCUUGGGGUAUCCGACCAGAGAUACGCGUUCUCCCUCCUCGCCGGAGAAGGCGGUUAUGCGGAUCUCAGCAGCCUCGGCGGUGGUGAACGUGUUCGUCUUUGCAAUCCGUGUGUUCCAGAUCCGAACCCUUCGCCCCCAGGACCCCAGCGGGCACCAAAUCAGGCAUCCACACGGAGAACACAUCACAGGUCCCACAGUAACGCGGUCGCGGGGCCCGGCUCCAUGCCGUCUUCCAGCCGAUAUCAGGAAUACUUUCCAGCUGGCUCUGUUCAAGAUAUGUAUUCUGCUAGAAAUAGAAGCGUGACGCAUUCUGGUUCUAGUUCUGGAGUUGCUGGUCCGUCUAGAGGCACUGUUGGGUCUACCCAGAGCCGUUUUCAUGGGGGGGCACCGUUCACUUACUCGUCUUCGUCAUCUGCCGUCUAUCCUGGAUCUGGCAGUUCUCAUUCACGGCGCCGAUCCAUGCUCGACUCUGGACUUUCGUCGUCUUCGUCCCCGGCAAGAAACCGUGCCCUACCACCCCCUCCUCAAAUUCCCGAAGAGGACGAAUGUCCCGUCUGUCAUCGAGAACUGCCGUCUCGAGAUUUGCCCGACUUCGACUCAUUGCGCGAAGCUCACAUCACCGACUGCAUUACAUCACACAGCACCCGCUCUAGUAGCGGGGCAGUUAUGGCGGAGGCCGCAGGCGGCACUCCUCCUCCCCGUGCUCAUCGUCGCACGGGUAUGUUCCCUUACGUGGCUACCGAAAAGGACUGUGUCGACUCGGCCGAGUGUACAAUCUGCCUGGAGGAAUUCGAAGUAGGUGUGCCUAUGGCCAGGUUGGAGUGUCUAUGCCGAUUCCAUCGUGCUUGCAUUUCGGCUUGGUUCGUCAAGAACCCGGGGCGCUGCCCCGUCCAUCAACACGACGGUUUCGGAUAUUGAUGGGAAUGGCAACGAAAGAAACGAUACGAUUUUUUUUCUGGGAUUAUUCGUUCUCCGCCUGUUUCCCCCCUCCAUCCUAGACCGCUGUAACUUCACUUCGGUCUUAUGGUGUUUUACAGCGAUCUCUAUCUUUCUCGUGCCCAAGUUGAGCAUCAUCUCACAACAUCUUUAUGUCCCUUGGAUUGUUCUAGCUGGGAGGUUGGCGCUAUGUUUAACUUUAUGGUGUUGGCGUGGCUUGUAGACGUUGGGAGCGGCAAUGACUAUAUAUUUCUCCUUGGCUAGAAAGAAAAGAUUGCGUCUUACCGAGUAGAUGUUUGAUGAGAUGGACUUCUACCAGUUAAUUGGCUUUAUUUAUUUAUUCCCAGCUUAUCAAGUACACGUAGAUGUGUGUGUUU